UUUAAAUCCCCCAACCACCUUCCUGCUUCUCGCCUACUCUCAUUUCAACGCCAUUUUAACCUUAUUUCGUCGCUUUUAUCCACGCGUCGGUGCGGCCAGAAGAUCCACACACCUUUCAUCUUCUUAACCAACCCGAAAAAGCAGCAGAGAGGGAACACACACACACAUCUGUCCAGGCCGGGAUGUCACACCUGCAGUUCGACGCCAACCUUAACGAAGCCCUCAAGAUGGAAGGCGACCUGACCACCCGCGCCCCGCCCGCCCGCUGGCAGAGGAAGGCACAGGAGCAGGGGGUCAACCACCUCACCAUCACCAAUGAGAACAGCCACUGUGAAGGCAGCAGCCCUCGCUCCGCUAAAACGCCUCACAGUGGCUCGCUGCUCGACACUAAGAGUCCCGGCCGCGGAAAGUCUCCAGGCCGAGGGAAGUCGCCAGGCAGAGGCAAGUCCCCGGGCAGACUGAUCCCCAAGCUGGCAGUGCGUGGGGGAGGGCAGAAGACACCCAGCAGGAAGACUCCCACUACUCCUUACAACCAGCAGGACAGGUUCAUCCCCAACCGCAGCACCACCGACCUGGAAAUCUCGCACCACCUCCUAGUGACCAGCAUGGAGGCCUCGGGCGGGGACAACACGGAGGAGGAGGAACUCACACUGCAACAGAAGGAGUACCAGGAGAAGAUGAUGGAGAACCUUAACGACGGGCAGCCCCCCAACACCCGCAUCCUCUCCUUCAAGAACAAGGCUCCCCAGGCUCAGGAAGGUUACGUCAACAACCUUAAGGUGCUGUACAGUGCGAGCAAGACAGCCAUGCCCAAGGCCUCCUCGGCGCGGCACAUCCCCAGCGUGCCCGAGAAGAUCCUCGACGCACCGGACCUUCUCAACGACUACUACCUUCACCUGCUGGACUGGAGCGUCAACAACCACCUGGCCGUAGCGUUGGGCAGCUGCGUGUACAUCUGGAAUGCUGGGAACGGCUCCAUCACGGCCCUCACGCAGCUGGACGACCCGGAUUACGUGUGCUCCCUCGCCUGGAUUAAGGAGGGCCACGUGCUGGGUAUCGGGCUGAGCUCCGGCCAGACACAGCUGUGGGACGUCUCGCAGCAGAAACUCCUCCGCACGAUGGGAGAUCACCAGAACCGGGUCAGCGCCCUCUCCUGGAACGCCUACAUCCUCUCCUCAGGCUCGCGCUCCGGCCAGAUCUUCCACCACGAUGUGAGGGUGGCGGAACAUCACGUGGCCACACUCGCCAGCCACACCCAGGAGGUGUGUGGGCUGAAAUGGUCCCCCGAUGGGCGUCUCCUGGCAUCCGGCGGCAACGACAACCAGGUCAUCGUGUGGGAGAAGACCGCAACCACCCCGCUGCACACCUUCACCGCACACCAGUCAGCCAUCAAGGCGCUGGCGUGGAGUCCCUGGCAGAGCAACAUCCUGGCGACGGGUGGCGGCACGGCUGACCGCACCAUCCGACUGUGGAACUGCAACACCGGGAUCUGCCUCAAGGACAUCACCACCACAUCACAGGUGUCGUCAAUCCUCUGGUCGACGCACUACAAGGAAAUCAUCUCCGGCCACGGUUUCUCCAACAACCAACUGACCAUCUGGAAAUACCCGACCAUGGCGAAGGUGGCGGAUCUCACAGGUCACACAGGGCGGGUGCUGGAGCUGUGCCUGUCCCCGGAUGGCCAGACCGUUGCCAGUGCAGCCGCCGACGAGACCAUCCGGAUGUGGAAGUGCUGGGCGGUUGACAAGAAGGAGAAGAAACAGCAGGGGGAAAGCAGUAAAAGUCACCCCAUCUCGGCCUUUGCUCGGUCCAUCCGCUAAGAGACUAACGCCGCCACUUGUCUGUCUGUCUGUCUGUGUCUGUUAGUGUGAUACAGACCCAACAUAGCAUUUAUAUACACAGUUUCCAUCUCUGUCUGUCUGUCUAGCUGUGUCUGUUAAUAUAAUCUUGACCCCAACAUACCAUUUAUAUACAGUUUCCAUCUCUGUCUGUCUGUCUGUCUCUGUCUGUUAGUGUGAUACAGACCCAACAUACCAUUUAUUUACACAGUUUCCAUCUCUCUGUCUGCCUAGCUGUGUCUGUUAAUAUAAUCUUGAUCCCAACACACCAUUUAUAUACACAGUUUCCAUCUCUCUCUGUCUGUCUAGCUGUGUCUGUUAAUAUAAUCUUGAUCCCAACACACCAUUUAUAUACACAGUUUCCAUCUCUGUCUGUCUGUCUAGCUGUGUCUGUUAAUAUAAUCUUGACCCCAACAUACCAUUUAUUUACACAGUUUCCAUCUCUGUCUGUCUGUCUAGCUGUGUCUGUUAAUAUAAUCUUGACCCCAACAUACCAUUUAUAUACACAGUUUCCAUCUCUGUCUGUCUGUCUAGCUGUGUCUGUUAAUAUAAUCUUGACACCAACAUACCAUUUAUAUACACAGUUUCCAUCUCUGUCUGUCUGUCUGUCUCUGUCUGUUAGUGUGAGACAGACCCCAACAUACCAUUUCUGUCUAAGGUUUCUGUCUAUCUUUGCUAUAUAGUUACAUGGUCUACCCACUAACAUGCUACAAAUUGUCACAUAAACUCUUCCUCUCUAUAUCAAUUUUCUAACAUGCUACAUACCACAUUAUCAAUCAUUCCAUCUGUAUCUUUACCUUAUAUAUCACUUCAGUUUAUCUAUCUAUCUAUCUGUGUAAGUUAACAUGAUUCAGACUAUUAGACCACUUUUAUCUGUCUAUCUAUCUCUCUAUAUUUUUGCAAGAUUUAUUCACUAACAUAUUUUGUGAAUCUUAACAUACCACAUAUUACUUCUUCUUUCCUAUAUUUUUAUUUUUUUUAUUUUUUAUUGUGUAGUCUGUGUGUGUGUGUGUGUGUGUGUGUGUUUUAAGUAGAAGAAAGUGUUUUGUAAGUGUGUGUGUGUGUGUUUUAAGUAGAAGAAGGUGUUUUGUAAGUGUGUGUGUGUGUGUGUGUGUGUGUGUUUUAAGUAGAAGAAGGUGUUUUGUAAGUGUGUGUGUGUGUGUGUGUAUUUUAAAAGUGUGUGUGUGUGUAUUUUAAAAGUGUGUGUGUGUGUGUGUGUGUGUGUGUGUGUGUGUGUGUGUGAUUGUGUAUAUGUAUGCAUGCUUAUAUAAGUAUCACCUAUUUUUUGUGUGUUUGUGUGUGUGUGUGUGUGUGUGUGUGUCCUGUGGCUGCUAACACUUCUAUUCAUUAUUGUUAUUAUUUCACUUUUUAUCUUUCUGUAUGUAUUUCUAAGCCUUUAGUGUGGUAGGUUUUCCUCUCAUCUCAUCCUCAUCUUGUAUCCAUAUUAGAAAAGAUUGCAUUUUUAACCCGGUAGCAGCAGGGAUCAUGUUUCUUAAUGGUCCCUCUAUGCGAGAAAAAUGAGAAAAAAAUUAUCACUCACGCAAACCAUUUCAUAAUAUAUAUAUCAAUGCAUUUGUGAUCAGUUUAUGCAUCAUCUAUUUUAGGGGGUUUAUAUCAUGGCACAAAUUUGGCCCGUCGCUGCUACACGGUAAAGCCACAAAUUUGCCCCGUCGCUGCUACACGGUAAAGCCACAAAUUUGGCCCGUCGCUGCUACACGGUAAAACCACAAAUUUGCCCCGUCGCUGCUACACGGUAAAACCACAAAUUUGCCCCGUCGCUGCUACACGGUAAAGCCACAAAUUUGCCCCGUCGCUGCUACACGGUAAAGCCACAAAUUUGCCCCGUCGCUGCUACACGGUAAAGCCACAAAUUUGCCCCAUCGCUGCUACACGGUAAAGCCACAAAUUUGCCCCGUCGCUGCUACACGGUUAAUAUACUUUCAUUAUUUCCAAGUGAACCUACAAUUUAUACACAUACAUUUUUGGUUGUUUGUAUUUUUAAGGUUCUGAUGUGUGAAUGAUUUUUCCUUCAUUGUAAUCUUCAUCAUUGUAUUCAUAUUGGAGAGUAAGUCUUGUCAAUAGUAUUUCUCAUUUUAACAUUGGUUUUAACACACACACACACACACACACACACACACACACACAUAUACAUACAUAACUUUAACACCUUCAGAAAAUACACACACACACACUCACACAUAUUAUCCAGGUCUGUUUUAACUAUUAUUAUUAUUAUCAUCAUUAUCUUGUAUCCACUUCAGAAAGCAAUCACUAUCCUUACUAUUUCUUAUCUUCACAUAUAUAUAUUUUCAUGCCUAUCUUAACAAGUAACAUUAUUAUCAUUAUUUUCUUGACCUCGCCUCGUAAAGCAAAUACUAUCUUUACUAUUUCUUAUGUAUCUCACAGGUGGGUGAUGGGAGGACACCUGGGAAUGGGAAGGAAGGAAAGAAUAGUUUGAGAGAAGAGGAGGAGGGGAAGAGGAAGGAAGGGAAAGGAAGGAAGGAGGAGGGGAAGAGGAGGGAAUGGAAAGGAAGGAGAGAGUAGGUAGUGAGAGAGAAGAGAAGGAGGGGAAGAGGAAGGAAGGAUUAGUGGGAGAGAAGGGAAGGAGGAGGAAAUGGAAAGGAAGGAGAGAGUAGGUAGUGAGAGAGAAGAGAAGGAGGGGAAGAGGAAGGAAGGAUUAGUGGGAGAGAAGGGAAGGAGGAGGAAAUGGAAAGGAAGGAGAGAGAAGAGGAGGAGGGGAAGAGGAAGGAAGGGAAGGAAAGAAGGAAUGGGUGGGAGAGAAGGGAAAAGGAAGGGAAGGAAAGAAAGGAGGAGAAGGGGAAAAGGAAGGAAGGGAAGGAAAGCAGGAAUGGGUGGGAGAGAAGGGAAGAAGGAGAAGGGAAAAGGAAGGGAAGGAAAGAAAGGAGAAGGGGAAAAAGAAGAAGGAAUUAAGUAUAUAUUUCUGUACAGUAUAAGAUAGUGUACAUUCCCUUGCCACACCAACACACAACCUUCCAUCUAACAUUUUUUAUUUAAUUAUUACAUUUCUUAACCUUCCACAAUUAACUCGAUAGUAUUUUCCCGGAGUGCUGCUGCUGAUGAUGAUGGUGGGGGUGAAUGUAGCUGCUUGGCAUUCACUUUAGGAACACUAGCUAAUUUAUAUUUUACCAGAUUAAGUGUAUUUUAUUGGUAGCUUUGGACACUGUAUGUAUAUUUUUACUCCUGUGGAUUCAAAUAAAGUGUAAUUAUAUAAU